AUGGAGCCCCAGCGCCGGGAGCUGCUCGCCCAGUGUCAGCAGAGCCUGGCCCAGGCCAUGACCGAGGUGGAGGCCGUGCUCGGGCUGCUCGAGGCCGCGGGAGCGCUGAGCCCCGGCGAGCGGCGGCAGCUGGACGAGGAGGCGGGAGGCGCCAAGGCGGAGCUGCUGCUCAAGCUGCUGCUGGCCAAGGAGCGGGACCACUUCCAGGACCUGCGGGCGGCGCUGGAGAAGACGCAGCCUCACCUGCUGCCCAUUCUCUACCUGAACGGCGUCGUCGGGCCGCCGCAGCCCUCGGAGGGCGCCGGCUCCACCUACAGCGUCUUGUCCAUCAUGCCCUCAGACUCAGAAAGCAGCAGCUCCCUCAGCAGUGUGGGUACCACCGGGAAGGCUCCAUCCCCGCCACCCCUCCUCACGGACCGGCAGGUGAACGAGAAGGUGGAGAACCUCUCCAUCCAGCUGCGGCUGAUGACCCGAGAGAGGAAUGAACUGCGGAAGCGCCUGGCCUUCGCGACCCAUGGGACGACCUUUGAUAAGAGGCCCUACCACAGGCUGAAUCCUGACUAUGAGAGGUUGAAGAUCCAGUGCGUGCGGGCCAUGUCGGACCUGCAGAGCCUGCAGAAGCAGCACACCAAUGCCUUGAAGAGGUGCGAGGAGGUGGCCAAGGAGACCGACUUCUACCACACACUCCAUAGCCGGCUCCUGAGCGACCAGACCCAGCUGAAGGAUGACGUGGACAUGCUGAGGCGGGAGAACGGACAGCUGCUGCGGGAACGUAACCUGCUGCAGCAGUCGUGGGAGGACAUGAAGCGGCUCCAUGAGGAGGACCAGAAGGAGAUCGGUGACCUCCGGGCCCAACAGCAGCAGAUCAAAGACACAGUGACAAUGGACGCGGGGAGAGCCAACAAGGAGGCCGAACUCCUUCGAAAGCAGUGCAAGGCUCUGUGCCAGGAGCUGAAGGAAGCCCUCCAGGAGGCGGACGUGGCUAAGUGCCGGCGGGACUGGGCCUUCCAGGAACGAGACAAGAUCGUGGCGGAGCGGGACAGCAUCCGGACGCUCUGUGACAACCUAAGGCGAGAGCGGGACCGGGCGGUGAGCGAGCUGGCCGAAGCUCUGCGAAGCCUGGACGACACGCGCAAACAGAAGAAUGAUGUCAGCCGGGAGCUCAAGGAGCUCAAGGAGCAGAUGGAGUCCCAGUUGGAGAAGGAGGCCCGGUUCCGGCAGCUGAUGGCCCACAGCUCCCACGACUCGGCCAUCGACACAGAUUCCAUGGAGUGGGAAACAGAAGUUGUGGAGUUCGAAAGGGAGACGGAGGAUAUUGACUUGAAAGCACUUGGGUUCGAUAUGGCAGAAGGUGUGAAUGAGCCUUGUUUGCCUGGGGACUGUGGGAUAUUUGUCACUAAAGUGGACAAAGGAAGCAUUGCUGACGGCCGCUUACGGGUCAAUGACUGGCUGCUGAGAAUCAACGACGUGGACCUCAUCAACAAGGACAAGAAGCAGGCCAUCAAGGCCCUCCUCAACGGGGAGGGGGCCAUCAACAUGGUCGUGCGGCGGAGGAAGUCCCUGGGCGGGAAGGUGAUCACACCACUGCACAUCAACCUGAGUGGACAGAAAGACAGCGGCAUCAGUCUGGAGAACGGUGUGUUUGCUGCUGCAGUGGUGCCUGGAAGCCCGGCCGCCAAGGAGGGGUCCCUCGCCGUGGGAGACAGGAUCGUGGCGAUCAAUGGCAUUGCGCUGGACAACAAAUCUCUGAAUGAGUGUGAAUCUCUGCUACGUAGCUGCCAGGACUCCUUGACCCUCUCCCUCCUGAAGGUGUUCCCUCAGAGCUCCUCAUGGAGUGGCCAGAACAUCUUUGAGACCAUCAAGGACUCUGAUAAGAUGCUGAGCGUCCGAGCCCACGGCCCCGAGGUCCAGGCUCAGAAUAAACGGAGCUUGUUACAGCACAAUAACUCCACGCAGACGGACAUCUUCUACGCGGACAGGCUGGAGGACAGGAGGGAGCUGGGCCCCCCGGGAGGCAGCAGCUCCUUCCUGCACAAGCCGUUCCCUGGGGGACCCUUCCCAGUGUCCCCCCAGGCCUGUCCCAGCGCCUCUGAGCGCAGCCUGAGCUCCUUCCGCUCAGACACCUCUGGGGAGCGUGGCUACGGGCUGGUGGAUGUGCGCAGCCGGCGACCACUGCUGCCCUUCGAGACCGAGGGGGGUCCCUGUGGGGCGGCAGAGGCCCCCCUGGAUAAGGCAGACCCCGAAGGCUCCAGCAGCGGCGGGACCUGGCCCAAGGCCGUGCUGGGCUCCACAGCAGGGCCCGAGAAGCUCUCUGUUUAUAAGAAGCCAAAGCAAAGAAAGUCUAUCUUUGACCCUAACACUUUCAAACGCCCCCAGACUCCCCCCAAAAUAGACUACCUGCUCCCUGGCCCUGGGUCUGCUCACUCCCCCCAGCCCUCCAAGAGGAUGGGGCCUCUGACGCCCCCAAAACCUCCCAGGAGGAGUGACUCCAUUAAGUUCCAGCACAGACUGGAAACCAGUUCCGAGUCCGAGGCCACUCUGGUGGGCAGCUCCCCGUCCACCAGCCCCCCGAGCGCACUGCCCCCUGACGUGGACCCCGGCGAACCCACGCACACCUCACCCCCUCGCAAGGGCAGGGUCCGCAUUGCUUCCAGCUACUACCCUGAAGGGGACGGGGACUCCUCCUACCUGCCUGCCAAGAAGUCCUGUGACGGGGACCUCACCUCCCAGAAAAUGGACGAGCUGGGGCAGAAGCGCCGUCGCCCCAAGUCCGCUCCUAGCUUUCGGCCGAAGCUGGCUCCUGUGGUGAUUGCUGCUCAGUUCCUGGAGGAGCAGAAGUGCAUCCCGGCCAGUGGAGAACUCUGCCCAGAGCUCCAGGAAUGGUCCCCAUACUCACCGGGGCACUCCAGCCGGCACAGCAACCCCCCAUUCUACCCCGGCAGGGCAUCUGUGGGCACUGUACCCCGGAGCAUGACCCCGAGCACCACUGUGAGCUCCAUCCUGAGGAACCCCAUCUACACCGUGCAUAGCCACAGGGUCGGCCCUUGCAGCUCUCCACCUGUGCCCAGAGAGGUCGGCCCCCAGGGUUUGCAUUCCAGCGUCCAGCACCAGGGACGCCUGAGCCUGGACCUGAGCCACAGGGUUGGCAGUGACUACUCAGAUAUGAGAGCCUCCCACGGGUCCAACUCUCUGCCCUCCAGCGCCCGCCUUGGGUCUUCGAGCAACUUGCAGUUCAAGGCGGAACGCAUUAAAAUCCCGUCAACGCCAAGAUACCCCCGGUCCAUUGUGGGCUCCGACAGAGGUUCGUUGUCACAUUCGGAAUGCAGCACACCUCCGCAGUCCCCCCUGAACAUCGACACCCUGUCCUCGUGUAGCCAGUCGCAGACCUCAGCCUCCACGUUGCCCAGAAUUGCCGUCAACCCUGUGGCCCUCGGGGACCGGAGGAAGGACAGCGUUCUCUGGUGUGCCGCCUCAGCCCUUCACAAGGAAGCCCUGCAGGUGCAUGGUGCCAGGAGGUGGGGUGCACAUAGACGGCAAGGUGAGGAGCAGGGUGGGCUCCUUCCACAGAAUUUACUGGAGUUCAAUGGCAUAAACCUGCGGAGCGCCACGGAGCAGCAGGCCCGGCUCAUCAUUGGGCAGCAGUGUGACACUGUCACCAUCCUGGCCCAGUACAACCCACACAUGCACCAGCUCAGCAGCCACUCUCGGUCCAGCUCCCACCUGGACCCUGCCAGCACCCACUCCACGCUCCAGGGCAGCAGUACCACCGCCCCGGAGCACCCCUCUGUCACUGACCCGCUGAUGGAGCAGGAGGAGGGCCCUGGCACCCCCCCGGCCAAGCAGAGCACCCCCAGUUCCAGGAUGGUGGGAGAUGUCAACAAGAAGACCCCAGAGCCGCGAGUCGUCUUCAUCAAAAAGUCCCAGCUGGAGCUUGGAGUCCAUUUAUGUGGAGGGAACCUGCACGGGGUGUUCGUGGCGGAGGUGGAGGAUGACAGUUCUGCCAAGGGCCCUGAUGGCCUUGUGCCCGGAGACCUCAUCCUCGAGUAUGGCAGUCUGGAUGUGCGCAAUAAGACUGUGGAGGAGGUCUACGUGGAGAUGCUGAAGCCCAAGGACAGUGUCCGUCUCAAGGUGCAGUACCGCCCUGAGGAGUUCACCAAGGUCAGGGGCCUGCCUGGCGACAGCUUCUACAUCAGGGCCCUGUAUGACCGGCUGGCGGAGGUGGAGCGUGAGCUGAGCUUUAAGAAAGAUGACAUCCUCUACGUCGAUGACACCUUACCUCAGGGCACAUUUGGGUCCUGGAUGGCCUGGCAGCUGGACGAGAAUGCCCAAAAGAUCCAGCGUGGCCAGAUCCCCAGCAAAUACGUGAUGGACCAAGAAUUCUCCAGGAGACUCAGCAUGUCUGAGGUCAAAGAUGACAACAACGCUGCAAAGACGCUGUCGGCGGCCGCACGCAGAUCCUUCUUUCGAAGGAAACAUAAGCACAAACGCAGCGGGUCCAAAGAUGGGAAAGACCUCCUUGCCUUGGACACCUUUUCCAACGACACCAUUCCAUUCUUCGAAGAUUCGGUGAGUCUCGCCUAUCAGCGGGUCCAGAAAGUAGACUGCACCUCCCUGAGGCCUGUCCUGAUCCUGGGGCCUUUACUGGACGUGGUGAAGGAAAUGCUGGUGAAUGAGGCGCCCGGCAAGUUCUGCAGAUGCCCCCUCGAGGUGAUGAAGGCCUCCCAGCAGGCCAUAGAGCGGGGUGUCAAAGACUGCCUGUUUGUCGACUACAAGCGGAGGAGUGGCCAUUUCGACGUGACCACAGUGGCUUCCAUAAAGGAGAUCACAGAAAAGAACCGGCACUGUCUCCUGGACAUCGCCCCCCACGCCAUCGAGCGGCUGCAUCACAUGCAUAUCUACCCCAUUGUCAUUUUCAUCCACUACAAGAGCGCCAAACACAUCAAGGAGCAGAGAGACCCCAUCUACCUGAAGGACAAGGUGACUCAGAGGCAUUCCAAAGAGCAGUUUGAGACAGCUCAGAAGAUUGAACAGGAGUACAGUCGGUACUUCACAGGGGUCAUCCAGGGAGGAGCCCUGUCGAGCAUUUGCACUCAGAUCUUGGCAAUGGUCAAUCAGGAACAAAAUAAAGUCCUGUGGAUUCCGGCCUGUCCACUGUAGAAGAAUGCCAUUCUGGGAGUGGCUGUGGCUUGGCUGCCCGCGGGCACGCCUGGCCCCGCUCGUGCCCAGCGGUCGGAAGUACACGUCUAUCUGUAUAUAAGCACGGAAGGGAAGGAUCCACGCACAUGGACUCCAGAAGCACCUCCUCUGUAGCCCGAGGGCCACAGGUGACCGGGACCCGGGCCCAGGCCAGAAGACCGCGUUCCUCUCACACAUGUGCUUUAAGUAAAAAACACAAGAGACUUUCGAUAGAGGGGUUCAACACCACCCUUUCCUUAGCCAGCUGAUCAGAGAUGCUGCAAAGAGAACCUUUCAGAUCACAAGUUUACAAGCCUUUUCUAAGUAUUGGUUGUUUAUGUUUACUUGAAUGGCCCCGUGCUGUCGGUGCCCAGGCCUGCCCCCCACCCUGUCAACCCCCCACGUUGCUUUGGUGUUGGGUUUUGUUCCUGCUUUCAGCAAAACGACUCUGGAACCUCGUUGGCGGCUGCAUUGCUCUGGAAGGUUCUUGUCGGUGGGACCAGAGCUUCAGCAAACUUCCUGCUCCUCAGUGGCCCCUCUCCAGGCAGGACACGGUGACUGCAAGGGCUCAGACAUGGUGGCAGUAGGACCAGUGCCUUUGUGGGGCUGAGGCACCAGCGGCCAUGUUCUCCCCUCCUGCGCCAGGAAGGCCACUUGGGCAUCUCGCAAGCUCGUCGCUCGGGCUUUCUGUCCCGCCUUCUGUGUCCUCUCAUUUCUUCUCUGUCUGCAAUCGUUAUGUCCGCCUUCUCGCUGGGCCGUCCAGGCUCCCUGGGGUCACCGCCAUGCCGUAGUUCCAGGCAGGGUGUAAACCGAGGGCUGGCACGUGCCACCGGGUCCUCUUUCGCUUCUGUAAAUAAUGACCGCUUUGUCAGUGCAAUUUUUGCAGGGUAAUUCUUAAACUCCAUAGGCUGGGGCAGGUACAUCAGCUCUCUCUGAUAGGAAGACACGUUUCAGACUUGGAACCAAGAGCUCUUAGGGGAAGCAUAAUGAGGAGUGUCCUCACUGUCAGACAUCUAGGGAGAAGCUGGGGAUCCUCUUAGUCUCGGUGACAGCACUCCCGGCAGAAACAGUACCCCACGAGGGCGUCUUUGGGUUUUUGGGGUUUUUUUUGUUUUGUUUUGUUUUGUUUUUGCACUUCUGACGCUGGAUGUCUCUGGCUGAAGAUUUGAUGUGGUUCCUCCUUAAACUGUGCGUCCUGUUAAUAAUAGGUACUGUACUGGGCUCCGUGUAAGCGCCACUGGGGUAGGACCUAUAUUUUAAUACUGUUCCUAACAUUUCAUUUUACUAGCAAGAAAUCUUUUAUUUCAUUUUAUUCUUUGUAAUUCUAGACACUAGAUUGUAGUUUAGCUAAACUGACAUUUUUAAAAAAGGGAUCUAUUUUCUUGCACAGUUGUUCAAAAGAGACACGUGUCAGUCCUCAGUGCUGCCCUUGGUCUCACAGGUACGCGCCUUCUUCUAGCUCAGACAACCAAGACGGACGGCGGCUGAGGCCCUCCUCGGUGCCCGCGGGGCUGUUCCUCCGGGUCGCCGGGUCGCGGUCCGAGCGGGACUAUGAUGGUACAGUGUGCACAGGUACUGUUCUGACAGACUGGGAUUUUCUGUACUAAAACCUUACUUUGUAUCAAAAGUUAAACAGACUUUAGUACAAUAAAUAAAGGUCAAUUUCUGUAA